GAUCGAGGGAAUCACGGUUACUGCGAGUCAAAAAUUGUGCCUGCUGGACUGAUUGCCUCUCCUCUGGCAGCAGAGGGCCCGCCCACCAGCAUCCACAGCAUCCGCUCGCACAGCUAGACGCUCAACCCAAGAUGCCACAAGAAGAUCCGUCACCAGCAGCCAUAGAGGCUAGCAAGGAUCGAGCAGCAGCUCUAACCAUUCAAAAGAACUAUCGAGGAUAUCGCACCAGGCGGUCUUUGGGCGGAUGCGCCUUGAGCGCUGAUGAUAGGUGGGGGGAUGCGGUGCUGAGGCUGAGAAGGGAAGGAGCGGGCAAGCAGAAUGCUGAAGGAUCGAAGAACAGCGCUGCAGAUAGGUGGCGCAGAGGAGGAUUGAUGGUUGGGCAAUUCGCUGGCAGUCCAGCUUCUGGCGGUGCAGAAGAAGGCAGCAAGGCAGGUGGUGAAGCAGGCGGUGGACAGGUUCCGGAUGAUGGACCUGUCAAGGGCGGUCCGAGUCUGCCUGAUCCCGAGGAGCAAGAGGAACAGCAUCAGCAAGAGGUCGGAAAGCACACUGAACCUCUUAGGGAAGAGAGUCACGGCUUGGUCGGCGACGUGCCAGGUGGUCAGAGCGAUGGCAAGGUGGACAAUGUGCCCAGCGUCGCCCACCAACACGAGUAUGGCUUGAAGCUGCUGGAAAGAUGGACCAGGGGCGCAAAAGCCACAGCAGCUUCUUGUAUGGCGGUCGAGUGCUCAGUGCGGGUCUCAUCAAGCUCAAGGAUGGUCUGAUCACGAGCCUGAGCCCGCUCAGUGGGCAUUACAAGGCCAACAGCGGUGCCUUCAGGUGGUUUGUUGCAUCCCUGCAGGCCGGAGGCGUGGAUUUGAGCCACGUCUCCAUUUCCAAGGUGCGUGAUCGACAAACGCUCAUGCGCCACUUUUUUUUGCGCUGACAAAAUCUCCUGC